AGGUCGACCUCCAUCCCACCACCAUGUCCUGCUUCGAUCUGUGCCGUCCCUGUGGCCCGACCCCACUGGCCAACAGCUGCAACGAGCCCUGUGUGCGCCAGUGCCAGGACUCCCGGGUGGUGAUUGAACCAUCUCCUGUGGUGGUGACUCUGCCUGGACCCAUCCUCAGCUCCUUCCCCCAGAACACUGCUGUGGGAUCUUCAGCAUCUGCUGCUGUUGGCAACAUCCUGAGUGCUGAAGGUGUGCCCAUCUCUGGUGGCUUUGGCAUCUCUGGCCUGGGUGGCCGCUUCUCUGGCAGGAGGUGCCUGCCCUACUAAGGAUGAGGUGAACGUCCCAUGAGCCCAUUGCCCAGGAAGGCUGAAGCCAGGUGCCGGACUGAGGAUGGAACUGCUGGCCAGCAUUUCCAGAUGGGCUGAGCACCCUCAUGCCCUCCUGUAAAGCAGAGAGGGAAGCCAGGAUGCCAGCUUAUGUGUCUGGAAACACAGCCAGCAGGUGUCUUCUUCUCCCACUUUCUACUCAUCAUCAUUAGGCGUCCAUAUUGUCUCCUGCUGUCCUGUGCCUUGGGUUCAUCCUGAAGCCAGCUGAGAUGGCUCUGCUUCUUCUUUCUCUCACCGUAUGAAGGAGAAAGAUAUGCAUCUCAUUUUGGGGAAGGGGUGUAAGAUCCUUUUACCAUGCACUGUUUUUUUUUUCUAUCUUCAGACUCAAUAAAAUUUGUGCUGCAUUAUAA